UCUUCUAGGCUCCUUUCCUACGAGUCUUUCAAGUUCCCUUCUUCAAUUUGAAUAUCAAGAAAACAAGAUGCACAAUUCGUGGCCCGAAACCGUGCCAGAAGGCGUUUUCGGCCAACCGGUCGAGUACAAUGAACACCUUAGCUCCAUGGACAAGGUGAUCCUGUUCAAUCCCAGAGAGCUCGGCGCAGGAAAGUACGGCGCUGUGUACCCUGCAGAGUUUCCAAGCAGCAAAUCAAUCGUUGCAAAGGUCAUUUUCCACUCGCCCAGGUAUAACUAUCGAUUUACUGUUUGCCGCGAGGUGAUGACGUGCUUCAAACUCCGGCACCCAAACAUCGUCCGGUGCCUGGGUGCUAUGCAAACGACAAGGUGGCCAGUUGUGUUCUACGAGCGCGUGCGCGGUCAAACAUUGCUGGCCCUCAACGAGCAUCUUGAUAGUUGUGGAGGGUACCACACUGAACGGAACCUAGCAUACCUGGCCUCCAAAGUCCUUGGUGCGCUGCACUACCUUCAGAGUGGAGGAAUCGUCCAUUGCGAUUUGCACGAGGGCAACAUAAUGGUUUCGGCAGAUGGAAACGUGAAGGUGAUUGACUUCGGAAUGGCGAAAGAUAUCACCGGUGGCAAGGUGACGGAUGCGUGUCCGCGAGACUCCGCGCAUCCUAGGGAGAUGGUCAGCACGAAAUAUGGUGGAAUUGACCAUAAGGUCGACAUUUUUUUUCUCGGCAGGACUCUCUAUCGAAGUAUCAUCCGGCAGGUGCCCUUCAAGGUUUUCCUGACCCAAACAGAAAAGGAACAAUGCAAGGUCCUGAAAGCUGGGGUAAACAACAUACCCAUCCGUUACUGGGUGAUUUCGCAGGAGAUGCGUGACUUCAUGAACGAUCUGAUGAGUUACAAAGCUUGCAACAGGCCAGAUGCAUUCAUUGCCGUGCUGCACCCGUGGAUCACCAUGCAGCCUGGUCACCACUCUCCGGCAUUGAUUUCGUACGAAGACCACCACGUCAAUCCUACCAACGUCCGGGAGUUGAACGAGCCCGUGCUACAGGCAAUGGUGGAUGAGCUUGGCAAUAUCAGCCUGCUUAAUCUCAGCUUGACCAUCAUCGAAAAGAGAAACAGCUGGCAAGCAAUCGCCUACAGAGCGAAUCUCCUCCGUCACACCAGUGCAACAGCACCAGCACCUCUACCAUUCCCCACACCUUUCCCUGCUCCAGCACCAAUUGCAGCCCCCAGCGCAGCCCCCAGCGCAGCCCCCAACGCAGCCCCCAACGCAGCCCCCAGCGCAGCCCCCUCUGCUGCUCCUCUUGGCACAUGGGUGUGA